UAUCUGAGCCCUCGUAUAUAUACACCCCGAGAUGUUUUCUGCCCACUGGCCGCUGCUGUCCUCCUCCUCGACUCCCUGUCUCGUCAUAGGUCGUGAAGAAAACAAACCGCCAACAUGUCUGAAAAGAAGAUGACUUCAAGCCGCAGGCAUCAUCUAAAGAGUUUGAUGCUGCAGAUCGCGGCGAACUGGAUUCAGCAGGAGACGAAGGACAUCGCAGCCGCCAAGCAGGCCUACAUGGCUGAGCACUGUCCGGCACCGAACCUCAGCGGAGACCAGGCCGCCCUCAUGGAAACCUGCAAGAAGCUGCACGCCCUCAUCGACAAAGUGGAUGAAGAGAGGUACGACAUGGAGGCCAAAGUGGGAAAGGCUGAUAAAGAGAUCGAUGACCUGAAGAUCAAAGUGGUCGACCUGGCCGGCGUGAAGAAACCUGCUCUGAAGAAAGUGCGUAUGUCCGCCGACGCCAUGCUGAAAGCUCUGCUGGGCUCCAAGCACACGGUCAACAUGGACCUGAGGGCUGGCCUGAAGCAGGUGAAGAAGGAGGUGAAGGAGGAGCCUGCGGAGGCGGUCGGCGACUGGCGUAAGAACAUUGAGGACAAAGCUGACAGGAAGAAGAUGUUCGAGGCUGCCUAAAGGAUGUAGCUCCGCCGCUGUAGCUGCUCUGGGCCGUUAGCACUUUUUAUGGAAUUUUUCAUUGAAUUGAAAUCCCUUUUGUUUCAUUAAAUCCGGCAGUUUCAGCUUCGCCUGUUAUUGUACUUAGCUUAGAGAUGACCCCUUUAUUUCAAGGUUUUAUCUAAUAUCAGACUUUUAUUCUGUAGAGUGACUUCCUGUUUCCUUCUGUGCUGAUGUUCACUUUUGACAACUUCCUGCUCUUAGUGUUUUUGUAAUAAACGUGUUUUGUUUCCUA